AUGUUCUACUGGCUUUUAUUUGUGCUCUUGUUCAUUUUCCAAGCAUCAGUGACGACGUCUCAAUUUCAUCUCUAUCAUACAGAUCAUGUAAGCGACAAUUCGUUAGAUCAUGACUGUUUGCUAUAUAAUGUAGCUUCUAUCAAUCAAAAUCAUGUAAAUCCUCAAAAUAAAAAUUCUGAUCCAUAUCAAAUAAUUCCUUAUUGUAUACGUCCAUUUGGUUUGCCAUCCAGUCUAUUGGUGAAUAACGAAAAACGCGUCAUUCAUGGAACAUCAAUUACAUUCGAAACAUUACAAAAAGAAAAUAUAACAAGUCAACAAUUAUAUUUAUUAUCUGCACCUAUCGAUGUUGUUGAACGAUAUCAAGCAUUUCUCGAAAAUUCAUAUUCGUUUUUAUCAACACAAGUAUUUAAUAAUUGUUCAAAACCAUGGUUCGGUGAAUAUUGUCAAUAUUCAUUUAAUUUGACAUUGCUUUUCGAUAGGAUUCUAUGGGCUUAUUUAACGUAUCCUAAACAAGAAAUUAAUAAUGCAUUCAAGAACGGAACAUGUUAUAUAUUUAUAGAAUGUAAUCGAGGCCCAUUACCAUCUUGUCUCGACUGGCGUGAAAUAUGCGAUGAAAAAAUCGAUUGUUUGGAUGGUGGUCAAGAUGAAAUUGGUUGUGAAAUAUUACAUAUAAAUGAAUACAAAGAGCAUGAGUUUCGUUGUAGCAAUGGAUUUUGCAUUCCGAAAGAAUUUUUCAACGAUGAUUCUUCGAGUCCAGAUUGCAUGGAUAAUUCGGAUGAAAAGUAUAAUAAUAUGGAAGAUCGCUUCUCAGGAAAAGUUGCCUGUAAGACAGAUCCGAUGUUCCGUUGUGAAGAAACAACAUGUCGAAAUGAACGUAUGCUAUCAUGUGGUGAUGGUCAAUGUACUAUGCACAAAUGUAGCAGCAAUCGUGAGGUUCAAUUAAAGAAAGCAAAAUUAUCUCAAAAUGCAAAUUCUCAUUUAUUAUUUAAUUGUUGGCGAACAACAACUGUGGAAACUGUUCAUUCUAAUCCAUUGAAUUUCGAACGGUCUUUGGAAUCGCAGAAUCAUGGUUUAAAUUCAAUUUGUAAUCGUGGAAUUUUUAUCUAUGUAACUAAUUUCACAGAAAACUCUUGUUUAUGUCCACCAGCCUAUUUCGGACAUCGAUGUGAAUAUCAAAAUCAACGAAUUAGUCUUACAUUACAGUUUCGAACAGUUGAAUUGCGAACAGUAUUCAAUUUUGUUAUCAUGCUUGUUGAUGAAAAUGCAAACAUUCAUUCUUCGGAACAACUUGAUUAUGUGUCCGUGCGUGACUGUCGGAAAAAAUUCAAUUUCUAUCUGCUCUAUUCGACACGACCAAAACAUGCCAAUCAAACUUAUUAUGUACGUAUUGAUACCUAUAAUAAAGAAAAAAUGGAAUAUUAUGUUACGAUGGUGUAUCCUAUUGAAUAUUCAUUCAUACCAGUACAUCGUCUUUCACUACAAGUCGAUGUUCCGGUACCAGAAGUUACAACCAAAUCGAAAAUUUGUCCUUUGAAAUGUUUCCAUGGGCAAUGUAGACAUUUUUCAAAUUCUGAUCAAUACUUCUGUCAAUGUUCUGAUGGUUAUUCUGGAAUGUUAUGUACAAUAAAUAAUUCAUGUGAUUGCUCAUCAAAUUCGAUUUGUAUUGGAGUUGUGAACAAUCGAUCAAUAUGUGUUUGUCCUCUUGAUAAAUUUGGACCACGUUGUUAUCUGAAAAGGACAGUUUGCGUCUCGAAUCUGUGUUCUAAUAAUAGCCGAUGUAUUCCUGGUGGUGAGAAAAAUCCCGAAAUGGAAUACUUUUGUCUAUGUUCUCAAGGUUACAUGGGUUCAAGAUGUGAAAAUCUCGAAACAAAAAUCGAAUUUCAUUUUUCUAAAACUAUAUCCAUUCCACAAACGAUUUUCAUUCAUUUUGUCUAUAUUCCACCAACACCUAAUUCACUUAGUAAACUACCUCCUCCUGAUCCAACACAGAUAACUAUGAUUUCAAAAUUAAAGUUUCAUGAAAGUUCUACUGUUGUUUAUUAUGGAGGAGCAUUUCAUCUAAUAUUUGUAGAAUUUCACCAACAGUAUUAUCUUGCUUUACUUCAACACAAUUUUACAUCAGCAAUGAAUGUUUCGACGACAAUUAUUCCUGAACAUCGCUGUUUAUCAAUCAAAGACCUAUUCGCUGAUCAUAUCCAAACCUUACCACGAUGGCAUCGUGCUAAAAAAUAUUAUAUUCCAUGUCAAAAAUAUUCAAAUCUUACAUGUUUCUAUGACAGUGAUUACUUUAUGUGUCUAUGUGACAUUGACCGAUAUCCAAAUUGUUUCAAAUUCGACUAUCGUCCUGCUUAUAAUUGUUUAGGAUAUAAUUAUUGUGAAAAUGAUGGUCAAUGUUUUCAAGACAAUAGUACUUGUCCAACAUCAUCAUCAUGUUUUUGCAAAGAAUGUUAUCAUGGUAGUCAAUGCCAAUUUACUACAACAGGAUUUGGUUUAUCACUCGAUGAUAUUCUUGGCUAG